CAAAAAUGAGUGGUAGUUCGACACGUCCAGCCGAGAAUGCAGAACCGCCUGUUCAAGAAUCUUCUCCAGCAAUCCAUGCUGCUGAUCUUACGACUAUCCAAGUUCUAACAGAGGAAGCUACCAAGGACUUUCUUUUACAAGAUUAUGAAAGUGCGGUUUCCAAGUUUUCAGAUGCUUCCGAAAUAAUUGGUCAAUGUUAUGGUGUUGAUUCGGAAGAAUACGCCGAAGCCCUAUACAAGUAUGGUAAUGCACUACUUGAAAACUCUCGAACUCAAAAUACUGUUCUUGGACAUCAAGCAAUUCCACAAACUUCUGCAACAGACAUUCCGACAGGUACUAAAGAAAUUAUCUUUUUUACAUAUCUAUUAAUUAUUUUUAUUAAUUUAAACAUAUUGUUUGAAGAUGAUCUUCAGGCCAACACCUCGCGUUUUUAUUUUGAAGGGGAUGAUGAAAGUGAUAGUAGUCAACCUGAAAAUGGUGGUCAUGUCGAUUCCCAAGCUGAGGAAGCGAGUGCAUCCGAACUAUUAGAAGAACAAGGAGAUGAUCUCAGUCUUGCAUGGGAAAUAUUAGAAUAUUCCCGUGAUAUAUUUUCUCAUAUUAAAACAGAAUCGGCAAAGAAGUCUCUUGGAGAAGUAUAUAUUAAAUUGGGCGAUGUUUCUCUUGAAAAUGCGGCGAUUGAUUAUAGAGAAGGUGCCAAGCUAAAAGCAGAGACACUUCCUGAAGGCGACCGGCAAAUAGCAGAGGCAUAUCCUUUAAUAAUACAUAUUUAUUCCAAAAUUCAAAUUAUUUACUUUUAUCAUGAAAAUGAAGCAAUUGUACAUGUACAAAAAGCCAUAGAAGUAUUGAAUAAGCGUAAGGAAAUUCUGCAAGCACGAUUGAAUGACUAUCAGGAAACGAGUGGUAAAGGAAAAAAAAUAGCUACAGAUGACGAUGAUACUGUACUAAUUGACAAAGAAAUAAAGGACAUUGAUGAGUUCCUUGUGGAAAUGGAAUCAAAAGCAGCAAAACUUUCUCAAGAACAAACAAUACAAAAAUCCAGUGAUAUUGCACUUGAGGAAUAUGUGAAACUGCUUUCUUCAUGUGAACCAUCAUCUAGUUCGAUAGAGACAUCGUCAACAACUCCUGUGAACGACUUGACAUCACUUAUUAAAAGGAAGACGACUAAUAAUAGCAAUGCGACUGAUACUCCCAAAAAUAAUACGACUGAGACACCGAUACAAGAAGAAGAAAAGAAACGAAGGGCAGAAAUAAAGGCUGAUACUGAUGAAUAUGGAGGAGAAAAUGAAUUGAAUCCGAAUAAAAAA